CCAGUCCGCGCGUUGUUGCUGCUACUCCAGGUCCAGACGCCAAGCGUCGCGACGCUGACAUGGGAACAACGGAUCAUCACACUGUAGAGUGACUGCAGCGCCUCAGCAUGGAGUUCUACACAGCGCGGGUCCACGGGUUCCCGAACCUCACGGUUCGGGGUUUGCUGACCGGUGGGGUAUCUGGAGAGCAGAUGACGCAGGAAGGCGUCCUGUCACUUGUCGUGGUGCUGGGCAGUAGCGUCUCCCUCGUCGGGCUCGUGUUCGCCUUCAUCACGUACAGCCUGUUCUCCGACCUGCGGAACUUGUCAGGCACGACGCUCAUGAACCUGCUCGCUGCUCUCUUCAUGGCGCAGCUCCUAUACGUCAUCGGCGUCGGAGGCGUCCAGGACCCCGAGCUGUGCGUGGCGCUGGCCUUCUCCCUGCAGUACAUGCGCCUCACCGUCUUCUGCUGGCUCACCGCCAUGACGCACGACAUGUACAGCGUCUUCAGGAAGAACGUGAAUCUGGUGCCGCUGUCCGACCCCCGGAUCGGAUCCUCCUUUUGGAAGUACAGUCUGUUCGGGUGGGGGACGCCCAUUCUGCUCCUCGCAGCGGCGAUAGUGCUACAGCUGCGCCAGAAGGGAGGAAACCUCCUGGACACGGCGACGCUGCAACACACCAACUGCUGGUUCCUGGACCAUGACGCGUUCGUAUUCGGGUUCCUGCUGCCUGUUGCGGCGCUGCUGGUGGCCGUCAUCGUGUUCCUCGCCCGUGGCGCCGUUGUGGCCCGCUUUACCGUCAGCAUGCAAGUGACUCGGCGUGCGCGCGACAAGAUGCGCCGUAAACGCCACUUGCAGAUAUUCCUGUUCCUCAAGGUCACAGUCCUCAUCGCGACAGUGGCGGGGCUGGGAGCCCUUGCGAAACUCACCGGGAUGAACGCCUUCUGGGCUGCGUUCAAUGUGGGGCACGGCCUGCAGGGGAUCGCAGUGGCGCUGUGCGUCGCGUGCAACUGCCAGGUCCUCAAGAUCUACACCCGCACGCUCCGUCGAAGACGUGGCUCCAGUAGGAAGGCCCCCACCACGUACUGUGCAGUCGGAACGUCUUCGGAGCUCUCCAAGUCAACUAGUCUGCAGCUGCUCACGUGGGAGCCGACCCCAGACGCCGUGUAGCACGUCAUCAGUAAGGAUCUAUGUACUUACACGUCUCGACGACCAGCUGAAGAGAGCUCCUCCACUUCUGAGACAAUCGAGCUGGGGCAUCUUCGAUUGCGACAAAACCUGACACCGCUCUAUAACAAUUCUGUUAAAUUCUUAAUCUAGUCUGGGUACUGCAGGGCAGCCAGCACAAGAAGGCGUCCAUUUGAGACAUCAGGAGUUCAUAUUUUCAACAUAAUAAAGUCAGUAGUUUGCCUCGACGUCUGCACGGCCGAUCUACGUAUGGAUCGCGAUCAUAUCUCCCGUCGAGUCCUCGCGGAGCCUACAUUUCACCCUCACCCGCAUCUCAAGUGACAAAAUCUGCAGUUGAGGGAGACGCUGUGUUCUGGAACGUGACGCCCGCAAUCUGGCACAACUUUCCCAGUUUUGAAGCAUUCUGCUGCUUCAACCCUCAAGCUAUCAGAGAAAGCCGGGCGUGAAAUAGAGUAGCCCUGACACUGAUGAGGGCCUUGGUGCCUUCUUCCCUGUCCCUAUAUCUGUACCGUAAUCUCUUACCCUGAAGAAUAAAGGCAACAAAUUCCUCAGGAACACUGGUAACGUGUUACCAGAGCGCGUAGUCUCAUCCCCGAAGACUGUGAUCUUCAUAUCGACGACCUUCAGAACCUCGUCUAGAGUUUCGCUGCGAGUGAGGGAAACCUCAGUCACAGCAUCGGUUAAACUGUGGUCGUUUGGAAUGUGACGCCACGCUACAACCUCAUAUGUAGAUUCCGCCCCUUCGGAAGAAUGUACUGCCUUCGUCUUGGUGGUCUUGAGAGACAAAUCCUUCGCGGCAGAAAGUGGAGCCAUCUAUGGAGAAAUGCUACAACUCACUCUGAUAUACAUACCCAAUUAAGGUAAAGUACCACGAAAAAUGGUACGUCACAUCAUUAUGUAGAUUUACCCUACUUAACACCUGUCCUUUUAAAACACAAACGGCUGGUGUAGUGGCCUCUAGGCUGUCUUGAGUUCUGUUUAGAGCAGAAAUAGCUACGCCCAGUGAGUCAUUACGAGAUUAUUAUGAAUGUUUCUCCGGGGCAGUGUAAUGCGUUCCCAGUCUUCUGAUCGAUACAGAACGAGUGGGAAAAUCAGCCGUGCAUUCAAUCAUCAUUAAAGCCGAGUGGCCAGUUCCACCACGCCUCACCAGUUGCAGGAGAUAUUUCUCCGUUUCACGCUAGAAGGACUUAUAUAAAACAUAUCACUGUGUACUAGUUACAAUAAACUGUUUCUAUAGUAACACGGAGCUGUGCGCUAAACUGACGUAAGUCCGUACUGAGGAGUCACUUGAUCAAGACCCAGGGCUCAUAUGACGACCCCAAGUCUGGACUUGCGUCCUUUGCUGCACACUGUUUUAUUUCGCCUUUCUCUAAGAAACAGCACUUGCAUAUGUUGAGGCUUAUUUCAGCUGACGUACGCACAGUCAGACAUUUUGCAAUUCCCGUGACUCAAACUGUAUCCACGUACGCGCAGCUAAGGCAAUUUAGUGGCAGUAUUGUGUGCUACAUGGUUCAGGAGAAAAUUUAGAGACUGGAUUCGGGUAAUGCUUGCUACCAUUCAGUCCAGGAACUUUUGUCUUCUUG